AUGCGUGAGCCGGCGGAGAGCACGCCGAGCCACGGCAAGUCUCGUGUCCCAGCUCGAAUGCAGCGCUGGAAGCGUCCGAACGUCUGGCUCGGCGCCAUAAUCCCCUCCCUCCUCCUCAUCUUCGCUCUCAGGGGUUACUCGCUCGUCCUGCUAGAGAUCACGAUCGCCUGCGGAUACGCGGUCGUCGUCCACAUCGCGCUGUUCCUCACUGGGUACAGCUACUUCGCCGUCUUCUUCCAACGACGCGAAUCGCCGAGACGGAAGGAACCGCCAGUCGAGGUGCAGGAGAAGCGAGUUAUCUUCGCCUGCGACGACCAGGGGGAGUCAAUACGGUGCUAUCGCGAUUCCUGCGGUGGAGCAUGGCAGUCCCUCCGCACCCGACACUGCGCCGACUGCGCUACUUGCCGACCCAACUUCGACCACCACUGCGCCUUCGUCUCGAAUUGCAUCGGCCAGGAUACCAUGAAGCCCUUCUUCACCUUCCUCGUCUGGGCUGCGGUCCUGCUCAGCGUGGCUCUGGUCCCCUUUGUUCCGCUCGAGUUUCGAAGCAUGCGAGAAGUGGUGCGGACGACGUGGGAUACAGCUGAGCUCGAGGAGCGGUGGUGGAGUCGCAGGUUGAGCUGGGCAGGAGGUCCAGUCUGGCACUACGCCGGCGGUCUUCUCCUCGGCUAUCGCCUCUACCAGAAGACAGCGCACGAGCGACCCCUUCUUGUGCCCGACGUUACGACGCGGACCUUCACGCAAGACGGCAUCACCUACGCCUACGACGUCCCGCUCUACCCCUCCCUCGCCGUGCCACAUCUCGGUACACUCGCUGUCGUGUUCUUCGCACUGUUCAUAACUCUCAUUGCGCUUGCCAUGAUCUUCGUGAUUGUCCGCAACACUCGCCUCGGUACUUCCGCCAUCCAGAUCGAGCGUACGCGGUUAUGGCGGAGUCAGGACGGCGUCAAACCCGUCUACGACGCUCGGGUAGCGCUCUGGGUUCCGCUCGACGCCGAGAGACAGGCAGGACAAGGCGCAGUCGUCUACGUCGAACCCGACACGCCACUUUUCGACCUCGGUCCGAGCGAGAACUGGCGCAGGGUGAUGGGCGAGAAGUGGUGGCAGUGGUUUGUGCCCUGGGUACCGAGGUGA